GAGCAAGGUCUCAAAAUCUCCAUUUCGAGAAAUGCAAAAGUCCGAAUUUCGGUAAGGGAAUACGCUAAUGAGAAGAGCCGCGAGGAUGAUAUUGGGCGUUCUAAAUCUAACGAAGGAGAGGAGGGGAAGAGAGAGGCUUCGGAUGGGGGCAAGUUUUCAUUUAUGCUUAUUAAUCCUAAAGAUGUUUAUAGCGCUAGUAGAUCAUAUCUUCAGGAAGUGUUAAAGAUGUAUGCGACAGAACUUCCCACGAUGAACUAUGCUGCAAAUACUGGAAAGCAAUCAAUGUUCUUGGAAAGAUGUGUAAUGAAUGGGAAAUAUUGCACGCUGCUUUUGAAAUUUAUGCCCGCAGUAGGUAAUGAAGAGGUUAUAGCAGCAAUUACUUAUCAAAUAGUUCCUCUUGACACACAAUAUGCUGAGAUUCCUCUUGCUGCUGUCAGUUCAGUCUACCAACGAAAGGGAAUAGGUCGUCUAUUGUAUAUGGAGUUAAGAAAGAGACUUCAGAGUGUAGGUGUCUGCUCGAUAAUCUGUUGGGGAGACAAGGAAUCUGAAGCAUUUUGGCAUAAACAGGGUUUCGUAUCAGUAGCAGAGGUAGAUGUCAAGGGAAAAGCUCGCAGGCUACCUAUUAAAGCUGACAUUCGCAAAGCAUUAUGCUUCCCAGGUGGUUCAACCCUAAUGCUUUCACAUCUUAAGCAAGACGUUUCAGCCGCCUCUGCAGACUUUUUGAACUUGGGUUUUCCAUCACAGCCUAAUGGAAAAUUAUCCUCUGCUGUUAUGGAAAAGCCCGCUUUUGGUUUUUCUAUAGAGGGUUUUAAUACUGUGAAUGCACUGAAUCAAAUUGUUAACGGAAGUGAAACUGCUCAACCUGAAAUGCUUGUAAAUGACGGGCUCGCAAAAGAAGAUAAGAAAUUAGAUGAUUCUCGGUGCCAAGAUGAAGUGCAGGGUUAUAGGGACUCACUUCCUUUUAAUAUAGGAAAGUCGAACAAAUUUGUUUCUGUUGAGGAGUUAUACAAGGCUGGAGUUGAUGCUGAUGUAAUGCGAUGUUCUUCUACCCAAGGUUCAGGCGCAAAGAGGGUUUGGGAAGCUUCAUUAUCUUCACUGAAGUCAAAGAAAGUAAAGGGAAGCUAUUUAGUUGGCUGCCAAUCAGGGUCUAACUGGAGUUUAGAUUCAGAAAGUGGCAGAGACGGUUCUUGUUACCACACGUGCCCUUUGGUCGCUUCAGAAAAUAAAUCCUUGACGGGACUUCCUCCUAAGGAUCCUUCUACUAGUAAGUGUUUUAAAAUCAUGUUGAUGAAUAUUGCUGAUGAUACCAAGAAAGAAGUCCUUACAAAGGUAAUAACGGAGCUUGGUGGUUCCAUUACUUCUGAUGGAAGUACGAGUACUCAUGUUAUUACCGGAAAAGUCAGAGCGACUCUGAAUUUCUGCACUGCUCUGUGUUCAGGAGCUUGGGUAGUUUCACCCUCUUGGUUAAAAGAAAGCUAUCGACAAGGCAGGUUUGUAGAUGAAUUACCUUACAUAUUAAAUGACGAAGAGUAUGCCCUGAAGUAUAGAGCUGAGUUAAGAAGUGCAGUCCUCAGAGCCAAAGCUAGUCCGCAAAUGUUGCUUAAAGGAUACGACGUAUGCAUAGCUACUCAUGGUCAAUCCUCAGCGAAGCCCUUAUCUACCAUUGUCAGAUCCGCUGGUGGCAAUAUCAUUGGUAAGCUGAGCCAAGUAAAUGCAGCUUCAAAGACAAUAUUUGUGGCAUGCGAAGAAGACAUGGAUGAGGCAAUCGUGGCUGUAAAGAAGGGCAUAUGGACUUUUAGCAGCGAUUGGCUUAUGAAUUGUGUCAUGAGACAAGAGCUUGACUUUGAGGCUCCACAGUUUGCAGAAUCUUUGUAGGAAAAAAAAAAAAAAAAACUCUGAUUUAUGCGAAGCUGUGGAUAUUUGGUUGAUUGUAGUUUAGAUCUCGUACAGGCACUCUAUUCCCACUCUAAAAUGAGGUCACAAAGGAAGAGAAACCGAGAGUAAAUGCUAUGUAUAUUUUGGUCAAAUUUUUUGAUCUUCUUUAAAGAGAAGAACACCAAACUAUUUACUGCUAUAAUGCUCUUCAGAUGUCACAAUUUCGCGUA